AUGAAAGCUUUAGAUGGGAAUCUAAAGGCUAAUUAAAUUUACACGCGAGAUAUUGCACUUAAAAUUAUUCACACUAAAAUUGAAACCUAUUAAAAAAUCAAAGAUAUGGUUCUUGAAGAACUAAAGAUCAAUAAAAAGUAUGGCUAUUACUUUAAAAUCUGCUUGCAAAUGAUUAGUGAAAUGUCUAAUAAUCUUGGUGAUAAAAAUACUUCUUGGAUUAUUAACAAAUAUUUCCUCAAUAUUUUUGACAGUAUAGAAGCUAUUCUAAAACUUACAUCAGUUGAAUUAAAAACUAUUGAAAUUUUGGAUAUUCUCCUGCUCCCUAUUCUCGAAAAUGAAUUGUUUAGAAUGACAUUGAUUCAACUUUUAGAUUAAAAUAAAGAUUUGAAGGUCGAAUAAGUCUAAGAAAAUUUAGAUUAGUAAUAAAGCUUAGAUUAUGUUGAAAUAUCUUAUCAAAUGUUGAUAAAUAGACCAAGGGCAAUAUAAAUUCUCCAUCAGAGAUUAAGCUUAUAGGGCUAAUAAUCUCAUUAUGGAAUUGUUGAUUUCAUUAAUGAAUUACCAACUUUAACAUGGAAAGCAAAAGGAACAUUAGUAUUAGUAAUGCUUGGAGGUAUCUCUGAUAUUACAACUAGAUACCUUCUGAAUAAUAACCUUUACUAAUUCUUCUAGUAAUCCUUGAACUUGUUUUAAAGACCAAACUCAAUAAAAGAGAUAGAAUUUAGAAUUAGAACAAAGUACUAAAAUUAAGCUUUCUUUAAUAAAGAAGACUAUACUUCAUGUAGACUCUCAGAUUUUCCUGAGAAUUUUGCGUUUGGAGUUGCAACAGCAGCCUAUCAAAUUGAAGGCGCAGCUAGAAUUGAAGGGAGGGGACCAAGUAUUUGGGACGACUUCUGUAAAAUAGAGGGCAAGAUUAAUAAUGAUGAUAAUGGAGAUGUAGCAGAUGAUUUUUAUCACAGAUAUAAGCAAGAUAUUUAGAUGAUGAAAAGCUUAGGAAUUAGGCAUUUUAGAAUGUCAAUAUCUUGGUCUAGGAUACUUCCACAAGGUACAAUUGAUAGUAUCAAUCAAAAAGGAAUAGACUUCUAUCAUGAGAUUUUUGACAGCCUUAUUGAAGCUGGCAUAUAACCUUGGGUAUCACUGUAUCAUUGGGACUUACCCUCAGCUCUUUAUGGAAGAGGUUCAAAUGAUGCUUGGUUAGGCUAGAAAAUUAUAAACUAGUUUAACGAAUAUGCUGAUUUGUGUUUUAAGACUUUUGGACAAAAAGUAAAGAGAUGGAUUACUUUUAAUGAGCCUCAUACUUUUAUUUGGUUUGGUUAUGGAUUAGGAAUACAUGCUCCUGGCAGAUGUACGUAAGGAGUUAAAAGAGAUGAUUGUGAAUAAGUUAGAGGAGGAGGUAAUUCAAGUACUGAGCCUUAUAUUGUUGCUCAUAAUGUGAUAAUUGCUCAUGCAACUGCUGUCAAAACUUAUAGAGAUAAAUAUUAGAAAGAGUAAAUUGGUAUGAUAGGCUGGGCAUUAAGCUCAGAUUAUAAUGAACCUUUCGAUUUAGAAAAUCCUUAAGAUGUUGAAGCAGGAAAUACAUAGAUACUUUUUCAAUUUGGCUGGUUCAUGGAUCCAACAGUUUUUGGUAAAUAUCCAGAUAAUAUGACUAAUCAAAUAAGCGAGAAUAGAUUACCUAGCUUUACAGAAUAAGAGUUUUAAAUCAUUAAGGGCAGCUACGACUUCAUUGGAAUUAAUCAUUAUACUUCGAGAUAUAUCACCACAUAAAGUUAAGCUGGAAAUGACUGGGAAUCAGACUCUAUGAUUAAACAGUCGACAACUAAUAAGGAGGGGAAAAUUAUAGGGCCAUCUGGUGAUUCUGAUUGGCUCUUAGUUUACCCUUUAGGAUUAAGAAAACUAUUGAAAUGGAUUAAUAAUAGAUACAGUACUAUUGACUAACCGAACCCUCAGAUAUGUGUCUUUGAAAAUGGAGUGACAGUUCCUGGAGAGAGUAAGAAAUCAUUAGAAGAUGCAGUGCACGACUAAUUUAGAGUAGAAUAUUAUAAAGGCUAUAUCAGUAAUUUGAGAGAUGCUAUUGUUCUAGAUGGCAUCAAUGUGAUUUCUUAUUUUGCUUGGUCAUUAAUUGAUAACUUUGAAUGGAGCAAUGGAUAUAGUAUGAGAUUCGGACUUGUUUAUGUUGAUUAUAAAGAUAGCCAGACCAGAUACGUAAAGGAUUCAGCUCUUUGGUAUUCAUUGUUUAUCUAAACACUAAAUUUGAACUCAGUUGUACCCUAAUUAACUUUAGAGUAAAGAAUCAUUAUUCCCAUGCAAAAUGAAUAAUAAUUUGGAGUAAUUAAGAUAAUAUGA